CUCCUUUAAUUAUAAUGACUAAUGAAAUAUACUUGCUAUAGUCCCAUCUAAGCUUUUGAAUCAUUUUCUUUGUCACUUUCACAAAAAAGUAUCAAACAAGUUAAUUAAUAAUACUAGUACUAUUGUUUUUUUUUUAAUAUUUCAAUACUAUUUAUUGUAUUGGUUCUAUGCACAGUUUCAGGUUCAUUCUAAAAUGGACUUGAAAGAUUCUCAUGAAUUUGAUAAGGUUCCUUCUCAUAUGCUUAUUGAAGCCACUGGUGAUUCUGAAGAUGAUUCUAAUGAUUCAACAAUAGAUGAAUUUGGUUAUGAUGAUGAUGAUGAUGAUGCUGAAUCUUGUUGCCAUGAUAAUGCUGCUGAAUUCAAGGUAUGUAAGUCUGAAGAUGAAGAAGUGAAAAAAAGUGAUGUUUAUGGUUCUUCAUAUAUUGAAGAUGAUGAUAUUCAAGAACAGAAGAAUUACAAGUCAUAUGUUUCUGAUGAUUCUUCUGAUCAAAAGUUCUUAGAUGAGAUGGAAAAGAACAGGCUUUUCUGGGAAGCUUGUUUGGCAUCUUGAUUGUAUUGUUAUUUUAUUUUAUUUCUUUAUGAAUCACUUUUAUGGACUUCUCAUAAUCACUUAGAGGCAAAGAAUCACUUUUAUGGAUUUCUCAUAAUCACUUAGAGGCAUAGAAUCACUUUUGAUGAAA